AUGACCACGGAGUUGUUGAAUAUCAAAUCCCCAGCUCCAGCUGGGAGCACCGAAAGUAAUCAUACGACGCUAUCUAUAAACCAGCCUGAGGAUGUCGGUUCUUCCCCGAACGAUUCACCGCGUGAUAUGUUUGAAGACAGCUCGCCUUCGGUAACAACCAACUCCCUGCAACGGUGGAACUAUCCGAAACGCAACUUGUUUCGAUUUAUAGCGACCACUUUUAGCUUUAUCAUCUUGGGAAUUAAUGAUGCAGCCUAUGGUUUGGAAGAAUAUUAUAAGGUUUCCUACACUGUCAUAUCCUUGGUCUUUUUAUCGCCCCUAGGAGGAUAUAUAACGUCGGCCAUGCUGAGCAAUACGCUGCACAUGCGCUUCGGACAGUGCGGGCCCGCUAUCCUUGGCCCUAUCUCCCAUCUGGUGUCCUAUAUAAUAGUCUUCCUUCACCCCCCAUACCCUGUCCUGAUCAUUGCCUUCAUCAUUGCUGGUUUCGGAAACGGUCUAGCAGAUACUGCAUGGAAUGCAUGGGUAGGCGCAAUGUCCAAUGCAAAUGAGCUGCUUGGUUUGUUGCACGGUUCCUAUGGUCUGGGGGCAUUGCUAGCGCCAAUGAUGGCUACCUCUCUUAUCAUAAAAGCAAACUGGGAAUGGUACGAGUUCUACUACCUGGUUGCUGGCGGUGCCUUUUUGGAACUUGUGCUUCUAGGAGCAACCUUCUGGAAUGCAACAGGACAUCAGUACCAUGAAGAGCAUCCGCGUGCAGACAUGGUAAUCGUGAACACCGCAACAUCGGACGAAGAACACCAGCGCAGGAUGAGGGAUAUCAUCUUCACCAAAAUAUUCGGCACCAGUCGCACAGCUGAAGCUGCGAAGAAUAAAGUAACCUGGAUCUGUUCAUUUUUUCUGAUUGCCUACGUUGGAAUCGAAGUCGCUCUGGGCGGGUGGAUCGUCACAUUUAUGGUCCGCGUUCGGCAUGCGUCACAUUUCGCAUCCGGUAUGGCGUCGACGGGAUUCUGGGCCGGCCUCACGGUAGGCCGAGUGGUCCUCGGCUUUGUGACUCCGCGAUUGUUCAGGUCAGAAAAGCAUGCUGUGGCCGCGUAUCUUCUAGCUACCGUAGGCCUCGACUUGCUCUUUUGGCUUAUUCCACAGUUCGUUGUUUCCGCCGUGAUGGCUUCCUUGCUCGGGUUUUUCCUAGGACCCUUGUUCCCGGCAGCCAUUGUUGCUGCGACGAAGUUAAUUCCAAAACAUUUACAUGUGAGCGCUAUUGGAUUCGCCGCUGCGUUAGGUGCAUCUGGCGCCACUCUCUUGCCAUUUUUUGUCGGGGCCAUCGCCCAGGUUAAAGGGGUACAGGUCUUGCAACCGAUUGUGCUGGCUAUGCUUGUAGUUGAUGUGGCGAUUUGGCUAUGUCUUCCAGCCUGUCAAAAGUGA